AUGUCAAAAUCAUAUCAACACCUAGAGAGAGAGGAGCUUAAUAACGAUGAUAUUAGUGAAAACAAUGAGAGUAUACAGGAUGUACCAGAGUUGAAAAAUUUCGAUCAAUUUACUACUAUUGACAGAAUGACUGAAGAAGACAUUGUGAUUAACUAUACCAACACUGAUAGAAAAUACCUGACCACUAAGUUCGGCAGAUUCAGAAAAUUAUUCUGGGAGAAAGGAAAAAUGGUUAUAACAUUAACAUGUAUUGCUCUUACUAUUGGAUGUAUAGCAGGUUUUCUUCAAAUAUUUACCGAAACGUUGGUCAAUUGGAAAACAGGCCAUUGUGACAGAAAUUGGAUAUUAAAUAAAUCCUUUUGUUGCAGUAUAACGGCUACUGAACAGAAUGAGAAACGAGACUUUUUCCUGGAUAAAAGGCAGGAAUUACAAUGUAUAGACCAAGGAUUAUGGAUAAAUUGGUCUGGUGCGAUAUCACCUUUUCUCAUAUUCGUGAUCCUUUCCGUGUUAUUUGCCCUCAUAAGUACUCUACUGGUCAAAUAUUUUGCCCCAAUGGCGACAGGAUCUGGUAUUACGGAAAUCAAAGUCUGGGUUUCUGGUUUUGAAUACAGAUCAGACUUUUUGGAUGGUAUGACAUUGAUUGUGAAAAGUAUAGCUCUUCCGCUUGCAAUCUCGGCGGGCUUAAGCAUAGGUAAGGAGGGUCCUUCAGUUCAUUAUGCAACUUGUUGUGGCUAUAUUAUAACCAAUUGGCUCCUAAAAGAUUCUCUGACGUACUCGAACCAAUUUGAAUAUUUGACUGCCGCAAGUGGUGCUGGUGUUGCUGUUGCAUUUGGUGCUCCAAUAGGUGGGGUAUUAUUUGGUAUAGAGGAAAUUGCCUCUUCUGCAGAAUUUAACACUUCUACUUUAUGGAAAUCUUACUACGUCGCUUUGGUGGCAGUAACCACGUUAAAAUGUAUCAACCCUUUUAGAAAUGGUAAAAUUAUUCAAUUUAACGUUACAUAUGACCAAGAUUGGAGAGUUACUGAAAUUCCUGUAUUUAUAAUAUUGGGUAUCUUUGGAGGUCUUUAUGGGAAGUAUAUUAGCAAAUGGAACAUUUCUUAUGUUAACUUCCGUCGAAAGUAUUUGGCGUCAUAUCCUACCCAAGAAGUAAUCAUUUUAGCUAUUAUUACAGCCUUAAUUUCAUAUUUCAAUGAAUUCCUAAAAUUAGAUAUGACAGAGAGUAUGGGUAUUUUAUUCCAUGAAUGUGUUGAGGACUACGCAAGUGACGAUAGCUCAGUAUUUGCUCACAGUUUAUGUUAUUUAGAUGAGAAUACACAUGUUAUAAGUUUCUUGAAGAUGCUAUUAUCAUUGUGCUUUGCUACUAUAAUAAGAUCCCUCUUAGUUAUAAUUUCUUAUGGUUGUAGAGUUCCAGCAGGUAUUUUCGUACCAUCUAUGGCGGUUGGGGCAACUUUUGGUAGAGCAUUAAGUUUGAUUGUUGAACGUUUCUUUAGUGGAGCUGGUGUGAUUACCCCAGGUACUUAUGCAUUCCUAGGUGCAGCCGCUGCCCUAUGUGGUAUUACCAAUUUGACAUUAACUGUUGUGGUCAUUAUGUUUGAACUAACCGGUGCUUUCAUUUAUAUUAUCCCAACUAUGAUCGUUGUUGCUAUCACAAGAAUGAUAUUGAGUAAUUCAGGGGUUUCAGGAGGGAUUGCUGAUCAGAUGAUCACUGUUAAUGGAUUCCCAAUGUUGGAAUACCAGUGGGAAGAUGAAACAUUUAUGGAUAAUUACAUCGCCGAGGACAUAAUGUCCCAAAAAUUGGUCACAUUGAAGGAAACCAUGUAUCUUUCUGAAAUUGAAGCUUUAAUGUAUGACUCCAAUGCUACAAAGAUAGUUCAUGGAUUCCCAAUCAUUAAGGAUGGUGAUGAAUAUGAAAAUGACAAAAAGUGCGUUGGCUACGUAUUGAGGAGGCAUCUGGCGUCUAAGUUAUUGAUGCAAGAUAUUAACAGCUCUGAGGCUAAUAUUACUUUAGUUCAUUUUACCAAGUCGUCAAUCGAUUUGCAAAAUACAUCUUCCGAAAACGGUAUCGUUGUUAGCUUCCAAGACAUUGUAAACACAUCGCCCAUCACUGUUAAACCGGAAGUGCCUACCUCGCUGUUAUUCAAAAUGUUUAAGCAAAUGGGCUGCAAAACUAUCAUUAUUGAAAAAGAUGGCUUUUUAAAAGGGCUUGUAACGAGUAAAGAUAUUUUGAAGUUUGAAAGAACAAAAGCCAGAGAGAUAAUAGGUCCAAAAUAUACUUACAACGAGCAUUUAAAUCAAGCAUUCUGGUCAAUAUUGCAGCCUAUUAUAAACCGAUUCUCUAAGAAGCAAUAA